ACUUCCUGUCCAUCAUUCAGAGGAGCGGGGCUGGAGACCUGGUAGGAGGGCCAAACGGGAGGGUCAGCUCCGCCCCCAGCGUCCUGUGGCCAUGACGACCGCUCCGCGGGAUUCCCUGGUGUGGAAGCUCGCCGGGCUGCUGCGGGAGUCCGGUGAUGUGGUCCUUUCUGGCUGUAGCACACUGAGCCUGCUGACUACCAGUCUGCAGCAGCUGAACCACGUAUUUGAGUUGCACCUAGGGCCAUGGGGCCCUGGCCAGACAGGCUUUGUGGCUCUGCCCUCCCACCCUGCCGACUCCCCCGUCAUUCUCCAGCUUCAGUUCCUCUUUGAUGUGCUGCAGAAAACACUUUCACUCAAGCUGGUCCAUAUCCCUGGCCCUGGUUUCCCAGGGCCCAUCAAGAUUUUUCCCUUCAAAUCCCUUCGGCAGCUGGAGCUCCGAGGUGUCCCCCUCCACUGCCUGCAUGGCCUCCGUGGCAUCUACUCCCAGCUGGAGAUCUUGAUUUGCAGCAGGAGCAUCCAAGCAUUAGAGGAGCUCCUCUCAGCCUGUGGUGGUGACCUCUGCUCUGCCCUCCCCUGGCUGGCUCUGCUUUCCGCCAACUUCAGCCAUAAUGCACUCACUGCCUUAGACAGCUCACUGCGCCUCUUGUCAGCUCUGCGCUUCUUGAACUUGAGCCACAAUCAAGUCCAGGACUGCCAGGGCUUCCUGACGGAUUUAUGUGAGCUCUACCAUCUAGACAUCUCCUAUAACCGCCUGCAUUUGGUGCCAAGAAUGGGACCCUCAGGGGCAGCUCUGGGGGUCUUGAUACUGCGAGGCAAUGAGCUUCAGAGCUUGCAUGGCCUAGAGCAGCUUAGGAACCUGUGGCACUUGGAUGUGGCAUACAACCUGCUGGAAGGACACAGGGAACUGGCGCCACUGUGGCUGCUGGCUGAGCUCCGCAAGCUUUACCUAGAGGGGAACCCUUUGUGGUUCCACCCUGCACACCGAGCGGCCACUGCCCAGUACUUGUCACCCCGUGUCAGGGAUGCUGCUCCCAGAUUCCUUCUUGAUGGUGAGGUCUUGUCACUGAAGGAUUUUCAGGCCCCAACAUCUUUGGGGCUUGGUUCCACUGGCCCACCUGUGCCCUGGCCAAUGGGGAGUACUACUGAAACCUCAGGUGGCCCUGACCUGAGUGACAGCUUCUCUUCAGGUGGCGUGGUGGCCCAACCCCUGCUUCAUAAGGUUAAGAGUCGAGUCCGUGUAAGGCGGCCAAGCAUCUCUGAACCCAGCGAUACAGACCCAGAGCCCCGAACUCUGAACCCCUCCCCAGCUGGAUGGUUUGUGCAACAGCAUCGGGAACUUGAGCUCAUGAACAGCUUCCGCGAACGGUUUGGCAGUGACUGGCUGCAGUAUAGGAAUCACCUGGAGACCUCUGGGAGCCCCCUUCCGGUUGCAUCCAAGACUCCUACCCUCAGCACGCCUCCUCCAGACUCCCCGCCUGGCUCCUUGCCUCCAGAGGAGGAAGCCAGAGGCUCUGCAGGAUCACCACAGAACAUGUCAGAAGAGGUUAGAGUGAAGCCAGAGCCACAGGAAGAGGAGGAGAUAGUGGAACAGGAAAAAGAGGAAGAAGGAAAGGAGGAACAGGAGGAGGAAGAGAAGUUGGAACAGAAGGAAGUAGAAGCGGAGCUCUGUCGCCCCAUGUUGGUGUGUCCCCUGGAAGGGCCUGAGAGCAUGCGGGGCAGGGAAUGCUUCCUCAGGGUCACUUCUGCCCACCUUUUUGAGGUGGAACUCCAGGCAGCUCGAACCCUGGAACGGCUUGAACUCCAGAGUUUGGAGGCAGCUGAAAUAGAGCCUGAGACCCAGAGAGAGCCAGUGCCCGAGGGCUCUGAUCUGCUUCCUGGGGCCCCUGUCCUCGUUCUGCGCUUCUCCUACAUUUGCUCUGAUCGGCGGUUACGUCGCUAUGUGAUGCUGGAGCCUGAUGCCCAUGCAGCCGCCCAGGAGCUGCUUGCUGUGUUGACCCCAGUCAUCACCACGGCUCAGCGCCAACUUGGGGAAGCCAGGGACGUGCUGGGGGGCAGAUUCCAGUGUCUGCGCUGCGGCUAUGAGUUCAAACCAGAGGAGCCCAGGCUGGGAUUGGACAGUGAGGAAGGCUGGCGGCCUCUAUUCCAAAAGACAGAAUCUCCUGCUGUAUGUCCAAACUGUGGUAGUGACCAUGUGGUUCUCCUGGCUUUGUCUGGGGGAACCCCCAUCAGGGAGUGGAAACAGGGAGAGCAUUCACCAGCUCCCUCUCAGUCUGCCAGCCCUGUCUGUGACCGGCCUGGUCUCAGUGACCACCACAACAGAGCCAAAAGCAGCCCACCUCAGGCAUCGAUUGCCCACGACCACAAUAGUUGGAGCCUCAGUCCCUCCCUUGAGCACUGUGGCCUCCGUGCUGUGGACCACCGACUCCGGCUCUUCCUGGAUGUUGAGGUGUUCACUGAGGCCCAGGAGGAGUUCCAGUGCUGCUUCAAGGUGCCAGUGGUGUUGACAGGCCACGUCGGGGAAUUCCUGUGCCUCGUGGUAGUAUCUGACCACAGACUUUACCUGUUGAAGGUGACAGGGGAGAUGCGUGAGCCCCCGUCUAGCUGGCUCCAGCUGACCCUGGCUGUUCCGCUGCAGGAUCUGAGUGGCAUAGAGUUAGGCUUGGCAGGCCAGAGCCUGCGGCUGGAGUGGACGCCAGGGGUGGGCAGCUGUGUGCUGCUGCCUCGAGAUGCCAGGCGUUGCCAGGCCUUCCUAGAGGAGCUCGUUGAUGUCUUACAGUCUCUGCCUCCUACCCGGAAGAACUGUGUCAGUGCCACGGAGGAGGAGGUGACCCCACAGCACCGGCUCUGGCCAUUGCUGGAAAAAGACUCAUCCGUGGAGUCUCCCCAGUUCUUCUACCUUCGGGUGUUCAUGGUUGAAGGCUCUUCUACCUGCCCUGUGUCCCUGUUGCUGACUUUGUCCACCCUGUUCCUGUUAGAGGAGGACCCUGUGGGGUCCCAGGCAGAGUCCUCUCUUCCAGCAGCAUCUGGGGAAGCCUUUGAGAAGGCCCCGCCCUUGGGGCCAGACCCUUCCCUUCACAUCAGGGAGCAGCAACCACUCAGCAGCCUGAGCUUGGUGCUGCUCUACCGCACAGCCCCGGAGCACUUGCGACUGGUCUUCUAUGAUGAGGUGUCUCGGCUGGAGAGUUUUUGGGCACUCCGUGUUGUGUGUCGGGAGCAACUGACAGCCCUGCUGGCCUGGAUCCGGGACCCCUGGGAAGAGUUGUUUUCCAUCGGACUUCGGACUGUGACCCAAGAGACUCUGGACCUUGACCGAUGAUACUUCCACACUGACCUUGGCCUUGACCUCAGGAGCCAUGCUGCAGAUGUUCCCUAUCCCAGUCUCUGGGUCUGGCUUCCAGGUUGGCUGCAGACUUCUAUAGCCUUGGGCUCUGGCCAGUGAGACCCUGAGUGACCCAAAUGAUGGCUUACGGGAGAGAGUCUGGUCUCUGGAUGAUCUGGCCUAAGGGGACAGGCUAAGUGGUCAGUAGGAAUGUUUCUUUUGCACUUUUUCUCAGGUAUCAAUAAAGUUGUUUCCAUUUCAGA